UGCUUUUGGUUUCCAGCAAAUUGGAAAAGGAUAGAGAUUGCUGUUUGCAAAAUUCUUUUGAAGACAGAACCGCCUUUUGGUUCUUUACCAAAAUUCUUGUUUGCAAACGCAAGACCCAACUGGUACCAAAGAAUAGAGAUAGCUUUCGGAAUUGCAAGAGGGCUAUUUUACCUGCAUGAAGAAUGUAGCUCCCAAAUCAUUCAUUGCGAUAUCAAGCCUCAAAACAUCCUUCUAGAUGACUCCUUUUCAGCAAAAAUCUCAGAUUUUGGUUUAGCAAAGCUUUUGAAGAAAGAUCAAACUCGAACUACUACUGCAAUCCGAGGAACCAAAGGAUAUGUCGCCCCUGAAUGGUUCAGAAACAUGCCUAUUACAGUCAAAGUUGACGUUUACAGCUUUGGCAUUUUGUUGCUGGAGCUCAUAUGUUGUCGAAAGAAUUUUGAGCAAAAUGUGAAGGGAGAAGAUCAGAUGAUAUUGGUUGAUUGGGCAUAUGACUGUUUCAUGGAAGGGAAAUUGCAGCUUCUAGUGGAGAAUGAUGAAGAGGCAACAGAUGAAAUAAAAAAGGUAAAGAAAUUUGCGAUGAUUGCAAUAUGGUGCAUUCAGGAGGAUCCAUCUUUGAGACCUACAAUGAAGAAGGCAGUACAGAUGAUGGAAGGGGCUGUUGAGGUCCCUAUUCCCCCAAACCCAGCCUUAUUUCCGAGCUCCAUUUACAUUUCCUUUGUAGACCAAAUAAAAGCUAGCUAUCGCUGGCCUAGUGCAUAUGUUUAA